AUGGUAAAUGGAAAAAAUUGCGUUAAUAAAACAUUGUUAGUUAAGACAAAUCGUAACACUACAGCGACUAAUGACAAUAUUUUAUUACAAUGUGAAUCCGAUAAUACAACAGAUGCGUCUCAUUUCGAUAAACAUUUCUGGAGAAAUGUGAACGUCUUAACAAACCCAUGUAAUUUUUGUAAGAUAAAAACAAAUUCACUGUUUACACGACCUACAACAUCUGCAAUUGAUUUAAGUGCAUUAGAAAAUUUGACAACAACAACAAAAAGAUCUGCUGUCUGUGGAAUUCAUUGUGUAUGGUGUUCCAGGACUUAUCACACAAAAUGUUUUGAAAAAUUAGAUGAAUUAUUAAAAACAGAAUGCGAUUAUGGAACACUACGAAAUAUUAUUGUUCGUCCACAAUGCAUACGAAAAUAUCCCGAUCGAUUUAGAGCCGUUAAUGAUGAUAAAACAUUAAAUAUGGAUUCACCGUUAAUUGUAUUCAUUAAUAAACGUAGUGGCGGACAAAUAGGAGAGAAAAUAUAUAAAAAAUUAUUAAAAAUUCUUAAUCCAAGACAAAUAUUUUUAUUAGAUAAUAAUCAAACAAUUUUAAAUGCUUUAGAAAUUUAUUUUGAAUUAUCAAAUACUCGAAUUUGUAUUUUUGGUGGGGAUGGAAGUGUUGGAUGGGUUGUAGAAAAAUUAGCAGAUUUUUAUCAUGAACUGAAUAAUCCACCUGUGGCAAUCGGUCCUCUUGGUACAGGAAAUGAUUUAUCUCGCGUAUUAGGUUGGGGCGAUAUAUAUGACAGUAAACGUUUGUUAUCGACAUUAUUAAAAAUUCCAAAAUCACAUCCAAUUCCAUUAGAUCGUUGGCAUGUCGUUGUUGAACCGCUUUCACAAAUAUUAUCAUCAUCAUCAUCAUUACCAAUUAGUAUUACUAGCACCGAUCAUAAACAUCGAAAUAAAGUUGAUUUACGUAAUUCUAAAUAUCAACAAGAUUUUCUUCUCAAUCAUAAUACGCCAAAAUUCAUACGUGAAUCAAAUCGACCAUCGUAUUUAAAUCAUCGAACAUUACCUAAUUCAUAUUUUAUUAAUUAUAUGAGUUUUGGAUUGGAUGCAGCUAUUGCACUUGAAUUUCAUGAUAAACGAACUAGAGACCCAGAAAAAUUUUCGAGUCCAUUUAAAAAUAAAUUUAUGUAUUUAAAUGAAAGUCGAAAAUAUAUGGGAGAUUUUACAAAAUCAAACCGAUGGAAUCUAAGUGCAUAUCUCACACUCAUAUGUGAUGAUCAAAACUACACAAAUUCUGUACGCAAUUGUCAUACACUCAUCGUACUAAACAUUCCCGGCUAUGCAUCCGGUACAAAUCCCUGGGGUAAAUCGUCUUCUAAUUCUUCAACUUCUCGAGAUUUUGCUUCGUCGAAUCAUGUCCCUACCACAUCUAUCAGUUUACCAAUAGCGGAAGAAUCGUAUGAAUUAGUAACAUUGAAUAAGAACUCGACCAAAUCACCAGACACUACAACAUCAAUAUCUUCUUUAGUCUUUAAUGAUCAACAUUUUGGUGAUAAAAUGCUUGAAGUCGUAGGUUUGUCUGCAACGCAUAUGGGACUUAUACAUGUGGGCUGUUCAGGUAUUCGCAUUGCACAAUGCAAUCAAGUACGAAUUGAAAUCAACACAUCAAUGACGGCUCAAUUGGAUGGUGAACCAUUUCAUUUACCUGCAUCCAAUGUUGUCAAAAUAAAACAUUCUGGACAGGUGAUGGUACUUCGACAUUCUAAUUAA